AUGGCUCCCACCGUCAACCACCGUUUCGACCCUACCUUCACUGACCAGGUGGUCAACGCCAUGGGUCCCGGUACCCCCGAGCGUGCUCGUGUCAUUCUCGGUUCUCUCAUCCGUCACAUCCACGACUUUGCCCGUGAGGUCGAGCUCACCCCCGCCGAGUGGAUGACCGGUGUCGAGUUCAUCAACUCCAUCGGUGCCAUCAGCACUCCCAUCCGUAACGAGGGUCACCGUUGCUGUGAUGUGAUCGGUCUCGAGUCCCUCGUCGACGAGAUCGCCAACAAGAUCGUCACCGAGCAGGGUCUCUCCCCCACCUCCAACGUCAUUCUCGGCCCCUUCUGGUCUCCCAACGCUCCCUUCCGCGCUCUGGGUGACAGCAUCAUCCAGGACCCUCUCGAGAACGGUCGCGUCACCUACAUGCACGGUCGUCUGACCGACAUGGAGACUGGCAAGCCCAUCGAGGGUGCCGUCCUCGACAUCUGGCAGGCUUCCGCCAACGCCCAGUACGACUUCCAGGACCCCAACCAGAGCGAGAACAACCUCCGUGGCAAGUUCCGCUCCAACGCCAACGGCGAGUUCUACUGGUACUGCUACCACCCUACUGCCUACUCUCUGCCCACCGAUGGCCCCGCCGGUGUCCUGCUGAACGUCAUGGACCGUUCCCCCAUGCGCCCCGCUCACAUCCACCUGAUGAUCACCCACCCCGACUACGCCACCGUCAUCAACCAGAUCUACCCCAGCACCGACCCCCACUUGAAGAUCGACUCCGUCUUCGCCGUCAAGGACGACCUGGUUGUCGACUUCAAGCCCAAGACUGAUGACCCCAAGGCCGAGCUCGACCUCGAGUACAACGUCACCAUGGCCCUGAAGAAGCACCACCCCAACCCCAACUCUGCUCCUCCCAAGUCUUCCUUCGAGCGUUCUAUGGGCAACAAGCUGUAA